AUGGCCACCGAUACGAAAGGGAUGGAAAAAGAGGUGUAUGCGGUGGAUAGUGAUGACAAGGCCGAAGUCGAGUCGCAGACCGAGGUGCUGCGAGCUGCUGGCAUUGGCAUCUCCGAGGAUGAUCCGACUGAGCCGGUCUUGACCCUGCGCAUGUGGGUGCUUGGGGUCGGCUUCUGUAUCGUUGCCAGUGGCCUCAACACCCUGUACACCCUCCGCAAUCCGUCCAUUACGAUCUCAGCCACCGUCGUUCUUCUUCUUGCAUACCCGUUAGGAAAGCUCUGGGAAAAGGUCGUCCCUGCUUGGAACGUGCCUUUGGGAGCUUGGAGUUUCAACCUAAACCCGGGCCCGUUUAAUCAGAAGGAACAUGUCUUGAUUUAUAUGAUGUCGAAUCUGAGUAUUUACGUCCGUCUAGGCGCGGAUGUUCUCACCGAACAACAGAAAUUCUAUGGGUACAGUGCGGGCUGGGGUUUCCAGAUGCUGAUCACAUUUGGAACCUUCCUCAUUGGAUUCUGUCUGGCUGGGUUCUUCCGUGCUCUUGUAGUUGAGCCUCGCGAAUUGGUCUGGCCAGGCGUUCUGAGCUGCACUGCGCUGACGACAACCCUACAUCAGGUGGGCCAGGGGGACGUUCAAGGACUCAACGCAACUUGGAAGAUCUCGCGGUACGGGUUCUUCAGCCUUGCAUUCUGUAUCUCCUUCUGCUGGUACUGGUUCCCGGACUUCAUAUUCCCGGCCCUGAGCUACUUUACUUUCCCUUGUUGGAUCAACCCCAAGAGUACGGUUGUCAAUCAGCUGUUCGGCAUGACAAGUGGCAUGGGACUGUUGCCCAUCACUUUCGAUUGGAGUCAGAUCUCGUAUGUCGGAUCCCCUCUGUUGAUCCCUUCCUGGGCCAUCGUCAACGUCUUCGCCGGUCUGGUCUUUUGGAUUUGGAUCGUGGCGGUCGCAUGCUACUAUUCGAACAUCUGGUAUACCGGCCAUCUGCCCUUCCAGAGCUCGUCGGUGUACGACAACACUGGUGCCGUGUACAAAGCAUCCAAAGUCGUCAGCGCGGCGACUGGAUACAAAUUGGACUUGGCAAAGUACAAGGCUUACUCGCCGGUCUAUACCCCUGUCACCUACGCCCUGAACAUGUUUGGUUUGUCCUUCGCGACACUAAGCUCGCUCCUCGUGUGGACAUUCCUUGAGAAGCGCGAUGUCAUGACAGCUGCGGCUCGAAGAAUCCCCAAGCUGGUCCGCCAGUCCUUCUCCAGCGAACAAGAAGAACUGGAGAAGAUCGGCGCGCAUGCCCGUGUGCCGACGUGGUGGUACCUCUUGACCGCCAUUGUCGCGCUCUUUGUGACUAUAUUUGCCGUGGAGUACUGGCGCGUCGAGCUGCAUUGGUAUGGCGUUCUGCUGGCGUGUGCCGUUGCCAUGGUGUUCUACGGACCGUUGGCUCUGGUGUAUGCGACCUCGAAUUUGAAGAUCAACAUCGAUAUCCUAUGCCGGAUCAUCGCGGGGUUCGUCUUCGAGAACCGCAUCCUCGCCAACAUCUGGUUCUUCGACAUCGGCUACAUCACGACUAUCAAAGGUCUCUACUUCGCCCAGGACAUGAAGCUAGGAGAUUACUGCCACGUCCCACCCCGCAAAGUCUUCUUCGUUCAAGUCGUCGGCAUGAUCGCUGGCACGCUCAGCUCCGUCUGCGUCCUGAACUGGGGCCUCGGCCACAUCGAAGGCGUGUGCACAACAACCGGAGUCAACGGCUUCACCUGCCCCUACUCGCGCACGCACUUCAACACCAGUCUGAUCUGGGGCGCCAUCGGCCCGCGCAAUUUCUUCAACAAUGGCAUCGGCUAUCACCGCCUCCUGUACUUCUUCAUCAUCGGCGCCAUCCUUCCGAUUCCCGUGUACUACCUCCAGCGCCGCUACCCCAACUCCCUGUGGCGCCGGGUCCACGUCCCACUGUUCCUGGGCGGGCUGAACUACCUCCCGCCCGCGACCGGCACCAACUACGGCAGCUGGGCGGUCGUCGGGCUGACCUUCGGCGUGCUCAUCCGCAAGCGCCUGUACCAGUGGUGGUACAAGUAUAACUUUGUGCUCAGCUCGGCGCUGGAUUCGUCGGUCUCCAUCGCCGGCGUGGUCAUCUUCUUUGCUAUCUUCUACAGUGGGGCGUCGGCGCAUUUUAGCUGGUGGGGGACGGAGGUGUAUAAGGAUACGUGCGAUUAUAAGGGGUGUUCGUAUCUGCCGAUUCCGGAGGGGGGCAAGUUUGGAGUUGGGGUGUAA